CACUAAUGAGCAUCCUUGUACUUGUCUGUUCUGUAAGAAGUGGGAUGGGUAGAACUUGUCUAACGUGUAAGGAUGUAACUUCGGAUGAUUUUGAUAUGGAACUUGGCGGCAGUGAAUAUGAAUCGUGUACAGACAACCCGGGCGACAUGGAAUGCCCUGAUGGAAUCUCAACGUGCAUGACUGGGGUCAUCAUUGUUCGAUAUGGACUCGAAUCAGGCCAAAACGUGACCUUCCGCGAUGAGAAACGAGCAUGCGCACCAGAAGAGAUACUUGCUUCAAUAUCUCCUGGAGACCAGUGCUUAAACCGGUCUGUCAUCGAUUCCUACUUCUCUGCCAACGAUCCAGCAGAACUUUACCCAAACGAUGGCGGUAUGACGUUCCAUGGCAUCGUCAACGCAACCUUCUGUGUGUGUGACAGCAGCGAUAGAUGCACACCGCCAUCUCCCGACGGCGAGGGUCCACCGAGAGGAAGCACUGACACAAUAGACACCGUUACGCAACGUCAAGUCACGUCAGCUAGAUCAGGAAUGGGUAGAACUUGUUUAACCUGUAAGGAAGUAACUUCUGAUGAUAUUGAUAUGGAACUUGGUGAAAGUGAAUAUGAAUCCUGCAUAGACAACCCGGGCGACAUGGAAUGUCCUGAUGACAUCUCAACGUGUAUGACUGGGGUCAUCAAUGUUAGAUAUUACAAUCGAGAAACUAGUCAAAAUGUGACAUUCCGCGAUGAGAAACGUGCCUGCGCUCCUGAAGAGGUCGUCGGCUCUAUUCCCUCUGGAGAUCAUUGCGUAGAUCAAACCGUGGUCGAGUCCUACUUCUCUACCAACGAUCCCGCCGAACUGUACUCUGACAUGGGCAUCAUGGAGUUCCGUGGUAUAGUGGACGCAACCUUCUGCGUCUGUGACAGCGGCGACAGAUGCACACCACCUUCACCCAGUGACGGUCAAAACGAAGGCUCGAUGGGACAAGGAAUGGGUAGAACUUGUUUAACCUGUAAGGAAGUAACUUCUGAUGAUAUUGAUAUGGAACUUGGUGAAAGUGAAUAUGAAUCGUGCACAGACAACCCGGGCGACAUGGAAUGUCCCGAUGGCAUCUCAACAUGUAUGACUGGGGUCAUCAAUGUUAGAUAUUACAAUAUAGAAACUGGUCAAAAUGUAACAUUCCGCGAUGAGAAACGUGCCUGCGCUCCUGAAGAGGUCGUCGGCUCUACUCCCUCUGGAGAUCAUUGCGUAGAUCAAACCGUGGUCGAGUCCUACUUCUCUACCAACGAUCCCGCAGAACUGUACCCCGAUAUGGGCAUCAUGGAGUUCCGUGGUAUAGUGGACGCAACCUUCUGCGUCUGUGACAGCGGCGACAAAUGCACACCACCUUCGCCCAGCGAUGGUCUAAACGAAGGCUCGAGGGGACAAGGUGAGGGGGAUCCAAGAAUAUGCAUCGAAUGCAAGGAGGUGACUUCAACCGGUGACGUUAUACAUCCUGGUGAGACUGAUAUUGUCUCGUGCUCGGACAACCCCGAUGAAAUGGUGUGCUCCGACGGCAUCUCUACAUGUAUGACUGGGAUUGUUAACGUCUUAUAUGUACUGGAAUCUGGUCACACCAUCACCGUAACUGACAAACGACGCGCCUGCGCCCCACCAGACGUUGUUGCUUCGAGUCCUUCAGGAGAUGUCUGCGCUCCCAAAUCGGUGGUCGAAGAUUACUUUUCAGACAACCCUCCUGAUGAGCUGUACCCUAAUACAGAGGAAAUGACUUUCUAUGGUAUCUUAAAUGCAACGUUCUGUCUAUGUGAUAGCGCCGACAGGUGUACCCCUCCCUCCCCAGAGGCUAGGCAUGUAAGUGGAGGGUCUGGUAGUAGAAUCGGAGCGACUACGCCAAAGAGUAGCAGUCGAAGCCUUAAAGCUUCCGAGGUUGUUGCUUUUCCAUUUAUCGUAGUUAUAUUACUCUCUGUUUUGGGUUAGAGGUAGGUCUAGGUGGUAGAAGCGUAGUAUUUUAAUUCACUAAAUUUGUUUUAAUAUACUUUUAUAUGAUUCUGCAUCUAUUAUGCAAUGUAAAUAAUACCCUACCGUUUGACAUCCCUUCUUUCUUUCUCUUGUGCUGUAUUUGUGUUACAGGCGUAUCCCACCACCAGACCACAAGCUUUUACUUUUAGGAAAUCACACCUUCUUUUAACAAAGCUUUUAUACAAUUACGCUCUUUUAUGAUAAAUGUUUCUAUGGAUUAUAUUGGAAAAUUAUAUUUUAAGGAAAUGGAAAAAAAUAAAUGCAUAUUUAAUUGGAAAAAAAAUUAUCAAACAUGUUAUCAAAGAUAUAAUGAUACUGGUCUCUGUCAUAAAAUUACGCAUGAUCCAAAAAUGUAGAUCCAUCUAUUUAGACAAGUUCGUUUUAAGAACAAGUAAUAAUUUCUCAGGCAUUGUGUCAUUAUGCUUUUAAUUAUUGUACAUUCUACUUCCAGCCUUUGGCUGCGAAUGAAUUUUAAAUAAAGCAUAACCACACCAUACUAUUGCGACUAACAAAUAUAAUAUGCAUUUAUACACUUUUUUAUAUUUUGUAAUGAAAGCACUGCUGUUGUUAUUUGUAAAUAUAUACUUUGCAUGCACUCGUAUAUCAUUUAGUGGUGUUGUGCACGAUUGGAUAAGUUUCUGGACUAUCAGCAACGAAGCCCAGGGUUCGAAUCCAACCACAGAACUCUCGUCGUUUUGGCAAUAUGUGUAUUAAUAUUUGCCACUCUCAACCCAAAUUUAGCAUGAAUGAGUAUCCGAUAGUAAGAAUUUAAUUGAAAGCUCGAG